GCGAGCUCUUGCCUUUGUUUGUACACUGGCGCGUUUAUCCUGCAAGAACGAGUUGAGACCUUCUUCAAACACGCCUCACGCCGUCUGCGUUCUUUCUUUCACCUUUCUUCUUCCGCCUGCCGGUUGUCUUCUUUCUCUCCAUACCAUGCCGCAAGAUCUCAACAGCAUACAAAGCCAUGGCGGAACAACCUGAAUUCUUGGAACCUCUGAAGACACUGCAUGAGACACGCUCUAGUGAAGUGUUUGUCCGUGCUUUUGUGAUCGAGAUUCCUGCCAAGUUGACGAGCAAGGCACUGAGCAUCGUCAAGCCCAUCAUCCCAAGCGGCGGCAAGCAUCCUUCCUUCGGCCACCUUCGACGUCUGUGCACUCUUUCACACUUGCCAACGGAUCUGACAUGGCGUCGUGAUUACGACUCGAGGGGACUUCAGACAACCUUUCUGCUUGUUCCAAACACGGUCGUGCCAUGGGAGGACAUACGUGAUACACUCUUGCCCCAUAUCGACGUUGAAGGCCUUCCUCGUUGCUUCGACGCCGUUGUUCCACGUUUUGCUCCUUUGAACGCUGAACAAGCUGCUCUUUGGACUGAACGAUACUGGCCAGCAAUCUACAAUCCUGCAUCACAGGUCAUUCAGGAUGCUCCACCAUUGAACCACCUUCGACGAGUCCGCACUGCACUCGAAGUCCCAGCUGCAGACAAGUACAUGAGACUGGCGAUAUUGGCAGGUGCCGAAGCUCGAGCACAAGGCCAUGGUCGAGGUAUUGGUGCGGUGGUGGUGGAUCCUGAGAAUGGAGCUGUUUUGGCUGUUGCUGGCGACGCUCGCUGGUACUCCGAAGACGCAGACACUCGGAAAGCUCUCAAGGCGAACCACGGCGAAGGAAGACCGGAAUGGCAUGCGAUCAUGCGCGCCAUCGCAAUGGUGGCCAACAAGGAGCUUCGACGACGCAUCAGCGCCGGCGGUCACUUGAAGUUCCUUGCGACCUGCUCCGAAACUCCCUCUGGACAAGCUCUCACACCCACUGAAGCUCACUACGAAGACGACGGAAAAGCUCUUAUCGACCUCACUGCCCGGCUCGGCAACGUCGUCCUCACAGACACAAGUAUCGACAGUGAUGCCUUGCCAGAGAAGGUGGCCGCUACCUCGAAAGAAGGCUACUUGUGCAGCGGCCUGGACAUCUACGUCACCCACGAGCCUUGCGUCUGCUGUGGCAUGGCCAUGAUCCAUUCAAGAUUCAGAGCUUGUGUACUUGGUCGAGAAAUGCCCGGAAGCGGUGGUCUGUCUGCCGAAAAAGGUGCUCAGAGACUGGGUUAUGGUCUUUUCUGGCGUCGAGAGCUGAACUGGAGGGUCAUGACCUUCUUACACAAUCGUGCGACGGCUUUGGACGGCGAAGGUCGAAUUGAAACGGGAAUAUUCCAUGCUUAGGAAGUCGAUUAUUCGGAA